UUUUAAAGUUGAAUUCUUUUAUACUUUUGGAAAUCCGAAAUUUGGUUUUACGUUCAAAAUUUUGAUGAAUCUAUUUUGAUGAAUUAAUUUUUCCCGUUUUUGGAAUAUAUUACUUUUUCAGCAUUGGCUGCGCUUUCUUUGAGCUAACUCGACUGAUGUAAUUUAUCCAUCAUGCUGUAUGGGACGAUCAACAUAUGAUCCCUAUCUGUGAUCCACAUUUAACAGGCCGUGGCCAUGAAUUUUUUUGCAUCGCCAAGUUAGUUCCUGGUCACCGUUGGCGAGACUGAAUUGUCCUGCAGUUUUCCAGUUUUUCGGGUCAUCAGAAUAACGCCCCUGUUCUGGAGCGUUUAUCGCAUUUUACUGUUAUGGUUAUAAUACGUUUUAUGGCUUCUCUAGUGAAAUUGCCUUCCUAACAAUAAAGCCUGUGGUGUCCGCACUGAUUGUGAAGGAUUCCCGAUUCCUGUACCAAAUCACAUCGAUAUCAUGCCGAGCAACAAAUUUAAAACGAGAUUUCCCCCGGCCAGAAUUAAAAAAAUAAUGCAGACGGAUGAAGAAGUCGGAAAAUUAUCAUGUGCUGUUCCUGUGAUUGUAUCAAAGAGUGUAGAGCUUUUUACGGAAAUACUUUUGCACAAAUCUGGUGAAAUAGCGCUUGGUCGAGGUGCAAGAACGUUGAGCAUUGACCAUAUCAAGCAAUGUGUCGAGCAGGAGCACAAAUUUGAUUUCCUUCGAGAAAUUGUACGGGAAGCAGCGGCAAAAGCCAUUGGGAAGAGCAGCGAGGAUGUCGCAAAUUCGGGCCAGGCAGAAGCUGGCACAUCUGCUAACGAUGCCGAAAUGGAUUCUGUUUCCAAAGAUAAGUUGGUGAAUGCGGUGCGACACGGAAAACUGCAACAACCAGGCGAAAGUAUUCCUUCUAGAAGUUUAUGGACGUUCAACCCUGGUGGAAAAGAUUUCGUCCCACAGGCGCCUGCAUCUCCUCGGAAGUUGUCUGGAAAACCUCAUCGCCAUCGCGAACCGGAUAGGAGUUUUAGAAAUCCACCAUCGGCAUCCGCAUCUAUACCUGCGCAUGUGCCUGAACCUAAGCAAAAGGCAAAUGCAUUGGCUCAUUCAGCUAAAACUCACAAGACGAGCGCGAAGAAUUCCGGAAGUAAAAUGAACCGGAGUGAUAAGCAAUCCCCUUCAAGCAGUUCUGCAGAACAGCCAAAGGGUACACCAGCAGGUCGGUUUUAUACCGAACACUCAGCAAUUUCCGAACCGGUUCCAACACCCUACCCUCCCAAAGACGACUUUCCGUCCUCCUCUCACUUCCAUCCAUACCAUGUGGAACGGCUUCCUGCUUUUCAAGCAGAUUCUCUACCCGAAUAUUCCACAUAUCCCAGUGCACAUGGUCAUUAUCCGUACCAAUCACCACCGUCCAUGGUGAGAAUGCCCCCAGUGCCUGCCCAUAUGGAGCAGAUGUAUAAUAAUGCGGAUGAUUUAACGCCGCCUUAUUAUGGUGCUCCUGACAUGUAUGGAAGAGACCAGCAAAUGCUGAUGUACCAGUCAGCCGUGGAUUAUUCUAACCAUUACUCUUCCGAUGAGCCGCUUAACCUGCAGUCUCCAGGAGUCCAGGAUCUAAGCCGAAAGCGACCACUUGACUUAUCCGAUCAACAUCCGUCCUUAAAUUCGUACAGUGUGUAUGAACGCUACGGAAACUAAAUUUAAAGCGCGAAGUUGAGCGAUAUCAAGAUCUACUGCACGUGCUUGAAAAUGCGUGCUUUUAGUUUUUCAUACAGUUUCGUUGAGGGAUCAGAUGGUGAUGGAAGUUUAUGCUUGAUUUGCUUGAAUGUGCUAUGACGAUUGUGUCUAUGUACACAGCAUAAAGUUAAGGGUACAAAAUGGCACACAGUAA